AAGGAUCGAAGUCUCUUUUGCGUCAACGGGUGGACGGAUCUUUGCGUGUUCUCAGAGUGGAGAAGAAUUUUUUAUUCCACAAACCAUCUCGCAUUCCAUUUCAUUCAAACUCUGAUAGAUGGAAGGAAGGAACCGUGAUGAAGUUGCAAUUAAGAUUGAAAAUAUGUUGGAAAAGGCAGAACCGCUCUUGAACAGUGAAAAUUGCAUCCACAGGGUGCACACUGAACUCCGCAAUUUAAAUAAAGAAGCAUACACUCCGCAGGUUGUUUCAAUUGGCCCUUUUCACAAGGGUUGUGAAAGGCUGCAAAAUAUGGAAAGCCUCAAACAGAUGUAUUGCCAAAAAUUCAUUCAACGAGCAGAGACAGUGACAGGGACAACCUUGGACAAUUUGGUCAAGUGUGUGCAAGACUCUGAGUCAGAUGUUCGUCGUUGUUAUUCCGACAACAUGAACCUUACUCCGGAGGAAUUUGUGGAGUUGAUAUUAGUGGAUUGUGGUUUCAUAAUUGAGCUUUUCAUUAGGAACUAUGAUGAUUGGCCUAAUAAUGAUGGGAGCCACGAGGAUCACGCCGUGUCAUUUAAACCUUGGUUGACAACUGCUAUAGAGUUGGAUUUAAUAUUACUCGAGAAUCAACUUCCUUUUUCUGUUCUUGAAAAGCUCUACAACCAAGCUUUCAACUCUGAUUUUGACCCUUCAUUUUCGAAGCUCACUUUUAAAUAUUUUGGUGAGUAUAACACACUGAAGUUGAAACCCACAUUUACCCCAAAACACUUCACUGAUCUGCUCAGAACAUUUCACUUGCAACCAGAUGGUAGCCGACCUCAAAGAGAAGGCAGUGUUAUGCAAAUUAAAAGUGCAACAGAGUUAACUGAAGCAGGAGUGAAGUUCAGGGUAAAUGAAAAGAGCAAUUGCUUCCUAGAUUUGAAAUUUUCAGAGAACUGUCUUGAAAUUCCGAAGUUUAGAGUGGAGGAUUCGACUGAAAUUUUAUUUAGGAAUAUGGUGGCUUUGGAGCAAUGAAACUACCCUGAUGAAUCCUACAUCACCGACUAUGUUGUUGUCUUGGAUUACCUAAUCAACACAGAAAAAGAUGUGAAUGUGUUGGUUCAAAAUGAAAUAAUUAGUAAUUGGAUAGGUGAUGGCAAUGCUGUGGCUAACCUGUACAAUGGCCUAUGGAAAAAUAUCACUCAAGAAAAAUUCAAUUCAGAUUAUUUUAAAAUUUGCAAAGGGUUGAAUGAGUACUGCAAACAUCCUUUGAACAGAGGAAUGGCAACAUUGAGACGUGAUUAUUGCAAGACUCAAUGGCAAAUGGUUGCCUCUAUUGCUGCAUUUGUACUUCUUGUUCUUACCAUUAUUCAAACUGUCUGUUCAAUCCUCCAAGUUGUGCAACAAUAGGUUAAUGCUUAGUUUAGGUUGCUUCUAAUAAUAUUUACAUCAUUGCUUAAUGUAACAGAAGAGUGUUUUAUGUACCCUAAGUAGGUAGGAUUUUAUGUUUGCAUGUUUCCAAUUUCAAGUGUCUAAAUGGUUCAAUUUCCUUGUCUUAUUAUGGAGUGCGCAUCCAUUGGUGUUGAUUUUAUUUACAUCAUUGUGGCAGGAGUGUGAAAGCUAUUUUUUCCAACAAAUAUUUGUAAUUCAGUCUGAAUUGGAAGGUUUUAUGAAUGAUAAUUUUUUUUUCUGAAUUCAAGAAUUAUUUAGAAAUUGUCCUGUUUAUAAUCUUAACGUUAAGCGAAUUUAAUUCAUAGGAAUGGAGAUGGGACCAGGCUAAAAAGAUCAUCAAAAUAAGUUUGAAGAUUCAAGACAAAAUAUUGAAAGAUUAGAGAAAAAUUAAGACACGUAUACAAAAAUGUAAAAAAGUAUUUCUUAUCUCUUAUAAGUACAAUAUCCAAGUGUUUCUAACUAGUAUUAUCUUUUUUUAUUCAAUUAAAGUUGAUUAAAUUUUUUUAUUCAAUUUCAAGAAAAGUUGGCUAAAUUAAUUUAUUAUAGUAAGUUCAUAAAACAUCUUAUCAAAAGAAAUAAAUUUAAAAUUAAAACAGCACUUAAAUAAAUUAUAUUCUAUGCAUGUAUUCCAAAAUAUAUAUUAACUACCAAUUUUUUGGAUGAAAUGAUAAAACAAAAAUAAAGAGUAGGAAAUUUUAUUUUUCAUUAUAAAGAAUCAUUUAACAUGUCACAAAGAUACUUUAUCUUUCAACUUACACUUACCGCUUUUAACUAACCCAAUAUUACCAAAGAAAUAAUUACGGGAAUAGAAAAAGUAAGAGCGGUUAAAAGGGGAGGUUUGACACUUGUUUAUAUAUUUAGGUAAAUAACAAUGAUCUUACAAACUUACUAGUAGAUAUUACUAUUUAUAUUGGCCUUCUAAAUCCUAAACCCUAAAACCUUAAACUUACUGAAUAUGAUUUGACAAAAAAUGGACCAACUAAAGGAAGAACUUGGAGAGAAUGGAGAUGGAGCGUAAAGCAUUUAAUGACAACAAAUGUAAAAUUGGAUAGUAAGUAAAAGUUUGGAUAGAAAACAAUCACAACAUCAAGACACAAGAAGGGGUUGAAACAAAGUGAAUUUACAACAGUGAGCUUGUUAAAUGUUUGUGCUCACUUAGAACAAGUCAGCAUGGGGAAUGGGUUCAUGAUUAUAUAAAAUGGAAUCAUUAGUUGAAUGUCAUUGUUUGAGUCAUCACCCACAAUAAUAUUAUGAUGUCGAAACUCCGUCAUUGGCCAUGUAAGAGAUUGAAUCAUCAAAGAAAUUAAGAAGUGCAAAGGAGAGAGAGAAAGAGAGGGAAAGAUUGGUGUAAAAUUAACUUGCAAUCAUAAAAAAUAUUAGAAGUAAUUGAUCAGAUACGUAUUGAACACUGUACUUAAAGAUGAUGUGUCAUCUCUCGCAGACCCUUCUAGGAUAAACUUGGGUUCAUGAACUCGAAAAAUAGAAUUAAAAUACUGAGUAGUGGAUUUAAAAUGGCUAUUGAUUUCAACAAAUCAACGAAGAUUAUUUGAAAAGGAAAAGGGAAAGACAGUAAAAUGUGAUUAUAGCUGUGGAAAGACUUUUUAGUUGCUCCUAGACUAAUGAUACAAUGCCAAUGCCAUGAUUUACAUUUGGACUUUCUUUAAUGUUCUACACGAUAUUAUGCGAUUCUUCUUACAUUCAAAAAUUUGCAUCAUAUUUUAACAAAUUCUAAUGAUUAGAAGAUGAAAGAAGGGGUUGAAACAAACUGAAUUUACUACGGUGAGUUUGUUAAAUGUUUGAAGCAAAAUCUAAAGAACUUGCAUCAUACACGAUAUCCCAUUGAGAAUCCAUCAACAAAUGUGACUUGACCAUUAUCAUCAAAGGUAAAAGCGGCGGUGAUUUCGACCGUGGUCUGCAAAGCGGGUACAGGCCAGUACACAUGAAUAACUAUAUUGUUCUGAGCCCAUGCCAUUGAAAUUUCAUAAGAUGUAGUUCGGUAUAUCGCCACAACUGCAGUCUCAGGCCCAAGCUCAGCCUGAGGCUGAUCUGGGUUUGGUGGAGUAGGGAGCAUCAUCCAUGGAAGAUGCUGAUCUGGAUUCCCUGGGAUAAGCCAAAAUGUAACUGCAUCAUCCCUGGGAUUCGGAGCUCCAUCAAAUCCAUUCCUGUUUUCUGCCCCACCAUUCCUCGCCACUGGUUGUCUUGGAAGUGGAAGAUUAGGAGGAAUUGCACCCUGUUGCGGGACUAAAUAAUUUGAACAAUAUCUAAGCACAGGACCACCAAAUCCCUCCCACUCCUGUCAAAAAUACAUCAACCAAAUGCAUCGUUAAUGACAUUCACAACUAUAUAUA